UGCAUGUAACAUUAUUCAUUAUAUAUCAAUCACUUUACAAACCAUUCUCCCCUGCUUUUCUACCUAAUUUGCAAUCACUUCCCUUUGCCUUUUUUAUUUCCUUCUUCUAGCAACAAGAGACCAUGGCUGUCUUCCUGGGACAAGCACUUGCCACUUCAAUUAUUCAGGUGGCACUUGAUAGACUGGCUUCUCAUGAGGUCAUAGACUACUUCAAGGGAAGGAAACUCAAUCAGAAAUUGCUACAAAACUUAGAGUUUGUGCUGUUAUCUGCUAACUCAGUGCUCAUUGAUGCAGAGGAGAAGCAAUUUACAAACUCAGCUGUGAAAAAAUGGCUGGACGAGCUUAAAGAUGCUGUUUAUGUUGCAGAUGACCUUCUGGAUGAGAUUGCCACGGAAGCUAAAUUUCAAACUCGCACUAAAAAGGUAUGGCACUCCAUUUCUACUUUAUUUGACAAAACGAUACAGUCAAAGCUAGAAAACGUUCUAGGUAUAUUACAAAUACUCAUAGAACAAACGAAGGUCCAUAAUCUGAAAGAGGUUGCCGAUCGAGUACCACUACCACCACGACAAUUAACAACUUCUUGUCCUGAAGAAUAUGGUGUGUAUGGUAGAGAUAUUGAUAAGGAGGAGAUAUUUAAGAAGUUGCAAUUAGAUAAUGCAAGUGGUGAUGAGAUAUGUGUUGUUCCUAUAGUGGGCAUGGGUGGGGUUGGUAAAACAACCCUUGCUCGGCUUGUAUAUAAUGACAACCGAGUAAAGGAGAAUUUUGAUCUCAAAGCAUGGGUUUGUGUUUCAGACUCAUUUGAUGGUUUUAGAAUAGCAAAAACUAUUCUUGAAGAGAUCACUUUGUCUAAAUGUGACAUUAGCUUGAAUUUGUUACAAAUUAGAAUAAGAGAGAGCUUAAAGGGAAAGAAGUUUCUCCUUGUUUUAGAUGAUGUUUGGAAUGAGAGUUAUAUUGCUUGGGAUGAGUUCCUUACGAUGUUUAGAUGUGAGGCAAAAGAGAUCAAAAUCAUUAUUACAACACGUAGUGAAAUUGUUGCGUCAAUUGUGCACCCAAUUUCAGUUCAUCAUCUAAUGCAAUUGUCUGAAGAAGAAUGUUGGUUGCUAUUUGCAAAGCAUGCAUUUAAAAAUGGAAAAUCGAGUGAAAAUUUAGAUAUAGAACUAAUUGGUAGAGAAAUUGUUCGUAAGUGUAAAGGCUUGCCUUUAGCUGCAAAAGCACUUGGGGGUAUGUUGCAGUCUACACAAGACCAAAGAGAGUGGAAUCAUAUUUUGGAGAGUGAUAUAUGGGAUCUACCAGGAGGUGAAAGUUCUAUCCUUCCGGCUCUAAGAUUGAGCUACAACUAUCUCCCAUCACAUUUGAAACGAUGCUUUACUUAUUGCUCAAUCUUUCCAAAGGAUUAUGAAUUUUCAAAGGAUGAGUUAGUUUUGUUGUGGAUGGCAGAAGAUUUAUUGUUGAAACCCAAGGGAAAUGAAAGUAUGGAAGAAAUAGGUGAGCAAUGCUUUAAUGAGCUAAUAUCAAGGUCGUUUUUUCAACGAUCAAAUAAUGAUGAACCAUGUUUCAUAAUGCAUGACCUUUUUAACGACUUAGCAAAAUUUAUAUCUGGAGAAUUUUGUUUUAGGCUGGAGAUUGAUAAGUCAUGUGAAAUUACAAAAAAAAUGCGUCAUUUGUCAUAUUUUCGAACUGAAUUUGAUGUCCCUAAGAAAUUUGAGGUGUCUUAUGAAGCCAAGAAUUUGCGAACCUUCUUGGGACUAGAAUUGCCAUCUAUGUCAAAUAUUCCAUGUAAUAAUAUAUCAACAAUGGAGGUAAACAAAUUGUUGUGCACAUUUAAGUGUUUACGAGCAUUAUCAUUGUCUCUCUAUGGAUUAUUAGCUGUGUUACCUGAUUCUGUUGGGAAUUUGAAACAUCUUCGCUAUUUGAAUCUUAAUGGCACCGAUAUCGAAGGCUUGCCUGAUUCUGUGUGUGGUUUGUAUAAUUUGCAAACCUUGUUAUUGAGGAAUUGUUAUUCCCUCAAAGAGUUGCCAACCAACAUGGGAAGACUUGUGAACUUACUUCACCUAGAUAUAAGAGAGACCCCUUUGAAGGGGAUGCCAAUGCACAUGGGUAAAUUAAGAAGUCUCCAAAAUUUAAGUGAUUUUUAUGUGGGAAAAGAAAAACAUAGUGGGAGUAACAUUAAAGAGUUGGGAGAGCUUCCACAUCUUUCUGGAUCAUUGUGUAUAUCAAACUUGGAAAACGUUUAUCAAACAAGAGAUGCAAAGGACGUUAAUUUGAAGGAUAAGAAGGGCUUGUCAGAGUUGAAGUUGAAAUGGGGAAGAGAUCAUGAGAACUAUGAUUCAGAACAUGAAAGAGAUGUGCUUGAGCAGUUGUGUCCUCAUACGAACUUGAAAUCUCUUUCUAUCAAAUCUUAUUGUGGUGCAGAAUAUCCAAAUUGGUUAGGAGCAUGUUCAUUCUCUAAUAUGGUGUCCCUAAAGCUUGACGAUUGUAAAUACUGUUCCUCCUUGCCUCCACUUGGACAGCUACCUGCCCUUAAGAAACUCUCAAUUGAAGGUUUGAACGGAGUAUCAUGUGUGGAUAGUAAGUUCUCCGGGGAUAGCUCUUGUGCAACUAAUAAGCCAUUCAAAUCCCUAGAAAAAUUAACAUUUGAAAGGAUGCCAGAGUGGAAGGAAUGGUUUAUAUUUGAAGGUGAAGAUGAAGGCGGAGUUUUCCCAACACUCCGAGAGCUUCGCAUUAUCGAAUGUCCCAAGCUUACGGGAAAUCUGCCCAGUUUACUUCCUUCUUUAAGUGUAAUUGAAAUUAGAGAUUGCCCCCAGCUUGUUGCUUCACUUCCUAGUCCUUCGGCUCUCCAUGAAUUGUCCUUGACAAAUUGUGAUAAGGUGGUGUUGAAGGAAUUAUCACCUAAGCUGCAAAGUCUCGGAAUUGGAGGAUGCCACGUGACUCUCCUUGAGGGUGGUCUACCCACUACUUUAAAAACACUUCAAAUCAAUGGAGAACUUCAGUUGCCAGGGAGCCAUGACUAUCCAUCAAUUGAGAGCUUGAAGGUAUAUAAAGGUCCUGGUUCACUUUGGUCCUUACCAUUAGAGUUUUUCCCAAAACUCAAAUCUAUCGAUAUUUCGAAUUCUGAUAAUCUUGAAUCUCUUUCGGCAUCAGAUAUAUCUCUCUUGGAUCUAACUUCUCUCACUAAAUUGACCAUCCAGUCCUGCCCUAAUUUUGUAUCCUUUCCCAGCGGGGGAUUGUGCGCCCCAAAUUUGACACAGAUUUAUAUUUUUCAGUGUGAAAAGUUAAAGUCACUUUCUGAAGGUAUGCACACCCUCCUCCCAUCUCUUCUAUAUUUGAGGUUGUGGGGAUGUCCAGAACUGGAAUCAUUUCCUGAAGGGGGUUUGCCCUCCAAUUUACAAAUACUUGAAAUCGGUAACUGCGACAAACUCUUUCUCAGACGCAUGGAGUGGGGUUUACAGAGUCUUCACACUCUCAGAGAAAUUGAAAUUUGGUAUAACGGCGAAGUGGGUUCCUUUCCAGAGGAGGCGUUGUUGCCCCCUUCUCUUCUCCGCCUCAACAUUUCAUUUCCACAUCUGACAUCACUCAAUGGUAGGGGGUUUCAACACCUUACCUUGCUUAAACAGUUGGCUAUUGGGUUCUGCGAUAACCUCCAGCGCUUACCAGAAGAGGGCUUUCCCGCCUCCCUUUCUAUUGUAGAUAUUAUUUACUGCCCUUUGCUAAAAAAGCGGUAUCGGAGAAAGAAUGGAAAAGAAUGGCGCAAAAUUUCUCAUAUCCCCAUCAUAAGGAUUGACUUUGAAGUCAUCACAUAAGCUAUGGGUCCAGAAGUACUACUGCCCAGUGUCAUUUUCAGUUGUUUCGGCUUUUUUGAGAGAUGAUGAGAACAAAUUAAUGAGAAAUGGGGGUAAUGGGAGCUCAAUUGGGAAUGGGAAUGGAAAUGGUGGUGUGAUGGGGAGAGGGAAAGUGAGGGCUGAAUCAGUUAUUGAAGCAGCAACACUUGCGGCUAAUGGACAGCCAUUUGAGGUUGUUUACUAUCCUCGUGCCAGCAUGCUGGAGUUUUGUGUGAAGGCUGUGAUGGUUAAAGCAGCAUUUCAGAUCCGGUGGUGUUUGGGAAUGAGGUUCAAGAUGGCUUUUGAAACUGAGGAUUCAUCACGGAUAAGUUGGUUCAUGGGAACCAUUUCUUCUGUUCAGGCUGCUGAUCCCAUUCGCUGGCCUGAUUCACCUUGGAGGCUUCUACAGGUAAGACACUGGGGCAGUUCAAAGCUAGUGCUGCUUCAAUACCUGCUAAUAGCAGUUGAAACUCACUGCUCAUGUCUGGACAGGGACUUGCUUAGACUCUCUCUUUUUGAGUUUUGGGAAGUUUUGGUGAACGGGAAGAUGUGAAGUCCUCUCCAAAGGACAGGUUGCUGCUUUGGGUUCUUUGUUCUCUUUGAAACUUAAGACAGCUCAAAAGGCUCAGCACAUGACCACUCUUGUAGAGACAAUGGUGGCAGAGGCAGAGGGAGAGAACUGAUCUAAGUCUGGGAAGGUGCUUUUACAUGACAAAUCAAGUCCGAUCAGCACACUCAUGUCAUUACCAGCAAUUAUUAAUAUGCUUUUUAAAGAUAGAGAUGCUCUGUGGUUCUUAGGUUUUCAGACACAAAAUGUGCAAAUGUUGAGGCCUCAGACAAUAGUAUACAAAACCAAGUAAACCUCCUGCAAUCCAAAACUUCCAAAUAGCGAAAUUACAUCCGAUGAGCUGCAAUGAUAUGUCCUGCUAGCAUGUUCUGUUUACUUCAUGUUUGGACUGUAUAUACAGAGGUGUAAUGUUGUGAAAUGAAACAUGAUGCCUCAUAGCUCCAAUUUCAGCUCCUCGAUUUGACUGAAAACAAAUCUUUUAUGAAUUUAUAGAUAUCAAUUGUGACCACAAAUUCAUGAUGCCUUUAGAACUUCCUCAUUUUUCAUAUAAUUUGGACCUGAAAUCCUUCAUGGUUUCGCUGAACUAGCUCUUUUUCUAUCUUCUACGAACUCUCUGAGAAUGUAGCUGGAAUCUGCUGAGAAGACAUGGAAGUGUUAUUGGUAAGUGUAAAAGCUGUGAGUAGAUUGAUUUCACUAUCACGUUUGUUUGUUUGUGUGUUUUAGGGCCAAUUAUAUAUUUAGUGAAUUAAUUUGUUGUCUUUGUACUUGUAUGUCCUUCAAUGUUCAUAAAUGAAAUGAUGCCAAAGAAGUAAAAAGAUUGGUGCAAGAUUGCUUACAUCCUUGCAUACAUAUGGUAUGGAUGAUGAAGUAAUUACAUGAGCUAAAAUCACAAUGUGACCCACGCCCCUGUUUUAUAGUCAGGAUUGGCUGAGGAAUGGUGCAACAAUCACUUUCUGCCUUGAGCUCAAGUACAUGUUAAUCGAAGAGAUGGGCUGCCUCACUGAGGAUUGAUGAGUAGUCUCCUUUGUUGAAGGAACAGUGUUGUGAUGAGAAGAGGGGAAAAGAAUGCCUAAGAAUGUUCACUCCCCCAUCAUAUUAAUCAAUGGUGAUCAUAUGAAACCGAAACUGUAGACAAAGUCCUCAUCACUUGUUUUCUUCAUUCACAUGCAGCAACAUAAUAUUACAGUUUGAAAUAACAUUUUAUUGAUCAGUCCUAGGAAGAGGUAUUAAUGUGGUCCAUUGCAGAAUAAGCUUGUUCGUUAUUUAGGGAUGAAACAAUGAUUGUGGCAGACAAAGUGUAGACAAGUAUUUAACUUGGCACCCGUACAGAUUGACACCCUUAACAAUAUAUAUUUUGGGUGGAGCUUUUUAACUUGGCACCCUGGGAAUUUCAAACGAUUAAUAGAUAUGCAUGAGGAGGUAGGGAUGGCUAUAUUUCUGGGAGCAAACUUCAGACAAAUAUUAAGCACAUGGAUACAAGUUAUGCCUUGGAAUGAAAGAUAGUUCUGAAUCCGCUUUGAUUGUUAUUAUUUUCUUUACUUUUCUUUCUUAAUUUAUUUUCAAGUGGUGCUGCACUAUUCUACAUGUUUUUCAAACAACGAUAUGAUGUAAAUAGCCGAAUGAGAUUUCAAUUUUUGAUUUUGAAAAUUAUUACCUUGUUUUUAAAUUCCGGGGUGACUGCAACCAACCUACCCAACCUCCCUCCACACGGACCGCACCCAAUACUUCUUGUAAGUAUUUUAACCUCAUCUUCCCAUCAAUAUUUCUGCAAUUAGCUGCACCACCUCAUUCUUCUUUCAAUAUUUCUACACAGAAGUUUCCUAAGCGUCUGUAUUUGAUGAAGCUGCAGGUUGGCCCUGAGGGCUUGUGUUUACUUUGUUUUCCAGACAAGACUCCCAAUAGCAAUGGCAAGAAUGACCACAGGUGGUCCUCAUUUUUAGCAUUGAAAUGUGAUUAAAAGAACAAGUCCUUCAAGCCAAUCAAGACUUCUUGUUUGCUUAGUGAGAGAAGUGAGGUUAGGAAAUUCAGGAGAAAAAGUAUUGUUAAAGGAGUAUUAACAGUGGCAGCACUCCAAAGCCAACCAGAACUGUGGCCAGAUUCUAAUGCAAGACUCCUUAACAAAUUGGGGCUUUGGACAAUGAUCUUAUUAUUUGAUCUCAGCAGGACUCAUUAUCGACAUGGUAUGAUCCGAGUGCUCAAUGUGAAUACCAUAUGCAAGGAAGGGGACAUUGGACUUAUGAUUGCUAUUACCUUAAACAUAAGAUUCAGGACCUCAUCAACCAAGACCUCCGGAGUCCAUAUGUUAGUCUCAUCAGUCGUCUGGAAAGAGGGGUUGAAAAGUUGUUGCAAGACCACUUACACAUUAUCAGAGACAAUGACAUGAUCGAUAUUGAGAGCUAUGGCCAGCUAACCCUAUCUCCAAUAGCUCCUGACAUUCACAAAACUGUAGGCUGGCGACAUCAAUUGAAUGUUACACAAUCAGCUAUCGCCAACUAACCCUACACAAUCAAAUAGAUCUGGUUUUGCAGACCCACUACGUGCAUGGAGUAUAUUGCUGUUGCACAACCAAGUUGUUUAUCAAAUACAGAAUUUCAUUUUACAGCCAGAUGCAACAAUUUGACUAUGAUGGGCUUGCAAAGACUUCAUUUGACAUUUUGAAAUUGGUGGUGGACGUGAAGAUGUGAAGUCAUCUCUUGGGGACAGAGAGCUAUUUUUGGUUUUUCGCUUCCACUCCAGAUGGCUCCAAAGGCUCAGCACUGUUGAUAUCGCUACUGCCCUCACUAGUAGAAGCUUCCCAAUUCCCUUUUGUACGUCAAGAACUUUAUAUUGUCCUAUGCCGAUGCCAUGGUGCCCGAAAUAGAGAAAGAUGGAAAAUCUGGCUACUAGCACAAAAUUGCUCAAGUCUUGUUCCUUGAAGGAUCAAAGUCAAUCUUGAGGCCCUCCGAUAUCAGUACCAGACUAAUAGGUUUUCCCCCCAACAAAAAGGUUUCAAACAAAAAUGUGGAACACAUUUGUGGUUUCUAACAACAGUAUACCAGGCAAUUGCUCCACAUGAUCCAAUUUACUCGCCUAGGUUGAUAUGGCUUCUUCCAAAAGUAUCCCUUGAUGCUAUCAUGUAUUCAGCUUAUUUCUAGUACUAAUUAAGUUCCAUAUGGUAUCUAUAUUGUGCUCAUCUAUGAUGAUUGGCAGUUGUCUUGUAAGUUAGCUUCAUAGGCUUCUUUUAGUUUUUAAUAAAGCAUAGGAAUGCCUAAUGUUUCCUUCGAAAUUAAUACAAGUUCUAGAUUUAAAAAUACUAUUGAAGUCACUGCAAUAGAGAAGUGCCAAUUUGCUUAGUGAAUUGAAUUUCAAUACUAUGUGUUUUAGAGCU